AUGGGCUCUGCUAACCCAGAUCUCGAGCCCAGCCCCGGCGACAACCCAUCGCCACCGCCUCGGCCCUCAUCCUUCCACGGCCGUCUGCAGCUUCAAGACUUCGUGUACCAGUCCGCGGACGCUCCAACCCCCCGGCGCAGCGCCCGCCACGCGGCAGCCGCGGCGGUAUCCCCUUCCCCUUCUUCGUCAGCCCUCAGCACCCGCGCCGCCACGCCCUCGCCGCGGAAGCGCGCCCGGCGGUCCCCCUCCCCCUCCCCCUCCUCCUCCGGCGUCGCCAAGCCCAAGCCCAAGCCCAAGCCCAAGCCCAAGAAGAAGCGGGCGCCCUCGUCGGGCUACGCGCCGCCCUCCGUUUACGCGCACCUGCCGCUCCUCCCCGACGCCGUCUGCGCCAACCUGCUCGUCUUCUUCGUCGGCCUGAACCCCGGGCUGCAGACGGCGCGCACGGGGCACGCCUACGCGCACCCGACCAACACCUUCUGGAAACUGCUCUUCUCCUCGGGCAUCACGCCCGUGCCCUGCACCGCCGCCGAGGACCGCCAGAUGCCCGCGCGCUACAGCCUCGGCCACACCAACAUUGUCGCCCGGCCGAGCCGCAACGGCGCCGAGCUGAGCCGCCGCGAGAUGGACGAGGGCGUGGCGCUGCUCGAGCAAAAGGCCCGCACGUGGCGGCCCGAGUGCAUGUGCGUCGUCGGCAAGAGCAUCUGGGAGAGCAUCUGGCGCGUGCGCCACGCCGGCAGGGCGGUCGGCAAGAGCUUCAGGUACGGCUGGCAGGACGCGGCCGAGAACAUGGGCGUCGUCGAGGGCGAGUGGGAGGGCGCCAGGGUGUUUGUCGCCUCGAGCACGAGCGGGCUGGCGGCGACGCUGUCGCCGGCCCAGAAGCAGGAGAUUUGGAAUGAGCUGGGGGCUUGGGUCAAGAUGCGCCGGGCCGAGAGGGAGCUUGCUGCCGAGCGAGAGGCUGCUUCGAAUGCUUGA